GUUUGCAAGCACGUGUGAUUUUGUUUACAUCACAGAGUACCUUUGGUUUACAUCAAUCAUGUAAACAAAAUUUCAUCUAUUUUAUAAAAAAACUUAUAAAAUGUUUGUUUUAGCUGAAAUGAAAGAUGUAUUAAGAGUAACACCAGAUAACUUUCAUCAAAGUUUGUCUGAGUCUAUUACAACUUUGUUAAAUAGGAAACUUGCUAAUAAGGUAGUUCUAAAUGUUGGCUUAUGUAUAGCUCUGUUCGAUAUUACUCACAUUGGUUAUUCUUACAUAUUCCCUGGAGAUGGUUCAUCACAUACUGAAGUAAGAUUUAGAUACAUCGUUUUCAGGCCCGUAGCUGAAGAAAUUCUCAUCGGGAAAAUUCGGAGUUGCAGUCGCGAUGGUGUUCAUGUUACUUUAGGAUUUUUCGAUGACAUUUUAAUACCAGUGAAUGCUCUUCAACAUCCAUCAAGGUUUGAUGAAACAGACCAGGCAUGGGUUUGGGAAUAUCCAAAAGAAGAUGGGGAAAAACAUGAUUUAUUUAUGGAUUCAGGAGAAUCAAUAAGAUUUAGAGUAACUAGUGAAACAUUUGAAGAAAGUUUGCCAUCAGGCCCUCCAGGAACAGAAUGCGCUGUCCAAACUGUAGCCCCAUAUAGACUGAUUGGAGGUAUUAAUGAACCUGGCCUAGGUUUACUUACAUGGUGGGAAGCACCAGAACAAGACGACGAAGAUGACAAUGAACAGGAUAAUGAUGAAUAAAGUAA